AUGCGCCUCCACCUCCACCUCCCGCCGUCUCUCCUCCUCACCACCACCAUCACUCUCUUCUUCCUCCCCCUCCUCACCACCGCCAAAUUCAGCCCCCUCUGCAUCCGCGUCCUCACCACAUUAACAGGCCGCCCCAACGACAUUUUCACCAAAUUCCAGCGCGAAGUCUGCGACAAGGGAUGUCAACCCACCGUACCGCACUGGGACCUCUGGACGCGCAACAAUACCUUCCUUCCCGCGGUGCGCAGUCUCAUGGAACAUGUUGAUAACCCGCGGCAGGAGGAGGCGAUGGUGCGGCUGGGCGAUGAUGUAGCGGAUGUGAUUAAGCGACAGUGCGGGCCAUUGUUGCAGGGCAGGGAUAUUUGCUCUGAUGGUGAGACGUUGGCGGCGUUUGGGACGUGCUUCAAGAAGGGGUUUGUGCGGGCGGCGCUGAGUAAUUUGCCCACGUUGUUGCCGUUGGCGAGGGAGGAGGUGUGUCGUGAGCAGUUGGAGUGGUUGAAGAAGGAUGAGUUGUGGGAGGUCAUUAUUCCGGGGAAGAUGAGGGAUGGCUUCCCCAAAGUUUGGAACGCUCAUCCAUUGUAUAAAUUGCUGGGUUAA